GAUGCUGUACUUGAUUUAUCUCAUUGUUACUAUGAAUAUUUGUUCAGACCUGAUGGCCAAAAGAAAGGAAGAAAAUUUCUUCUCUCCUGAAAAUGCCAAAAGACCAAGACAAGAAGAACUGGAGGAUUUUGAUAAAGAUGGUGAUGAAGAUGAAUGUACAGUUUCUUUCACUAAUGGUACCUCUACUUUGACUGCAGCAGAAGUUGGAAUAAUUGAGAGUAUUCAUCUAAGAAACUUCAUGUGCCAUUCAAUGCUUGGACCCUUUAAAUUUGGUUCUAAUGUCAACUUUGUUGUUGGCAACAAUGGAAGUGGAAAGAGUGCGGUACUCACAGCUCUUAUAGUUGGUCUUGGUGGAAAAGCAGUCGCUACUAAUAGAGGAUCCUCUUUAAAAGGAUUUGUGAAAGAUGGACAGAACUCAGCAGAUAUCACAAUAACAUUAAGGAACAGAGGAGAUGAUGCCUAUAGAGCAAAUGUGUAUGGUGAUUCCAUAGUUGUACAACAACACAUCAGCAUGGAUGGAAGUCGAUCCUAUAAACUAAAAAGUGAAACAGGUGCUGUGGUUUCUACUAGGAAAGAAGAACUAAUUGCAAUUCUGGAUCAUUUUAAUAUCCAGGUGGAUAAUCCAGUUUCUAUUUUAACACAAGAGAUGAGUAAGCAGUUCUUGCAGUCUAAAAAUGAGGGAGACAAAUACAAAUUCUUCAUGAAAGCAACCCAACUUGAACAGAUGAAGGAAGAUUAUUCAUACAUUAUGGAAACAAAAGAAAGAACAAAGGAGCAGAUAAAUCAAGGGGAAGAGCGACUUACUGAACUAAAGCGCCAGUGUUUGGAGAAAGAAGAACGUUUUCAGAGUAUCGCUGGCUUAAGUACAAUGAAGACUAAUUUAGAGUAUUUGAAACAUGAAAUGGCUUGGGCAGUGGUCAACGAAAUUGAAAAACAAUUGAAUGCUAUCAGAGAUAAUAUCAAAAUUGGAGAAGAUCGUGCUGCUAGACUUGAUAGGAAAAUGGAAGAACAACAGGUCAGACUUAAUGAAGCAGAGAAAAAAUACAAGGAUAUCCAAGAUAAACUAGAAAAGAUUAGUCAGGAGACAAAUGCACGAGCACCAGAAUGUAUGGCAUUGAAAGCAGAUGUCACUGCUAAGAAAAGGGCCUAUAAUGAAGCUGAGGUUUUAUAUAACCGUUCUCUAAAUGAAUAUAAAGCAUUAAAGAAAGAUGAUGAGCAGCUGUGUAAAAGAAUUGAAGAACUAAAAAAAAGCACUGAUCAGUCUUUGGAACCUGAGAGGUUGGAAAGGCAAAAAAAAAUUUGUUGGUUAAAAGACAGAGUAAAGGCCUUACAGGACCAGGAAAAUUCAAUCAAUCAAGAGAUUGAACAGUUUCAACAAGCCAUAGAAAAGGACAAAGAAGAAUAUACUAGAAUUAGGGGAGAAGAACUAGAUGUGAAGCAUGCACUGAACUAUAAUCAGAGGCAAUUGAAAGAACUGAAGGAUAGUAAAACUGAUAGACUGAAAAGAUUUGGCUCUCAUGUUCCAGCUCUUUUGGAGGCAAUUGAGGAAGCUUACAGACGGGGACACUUUACCCAUAAACCUGUAGGCCCUUUAGGAGCUUGCAUUCAUCUUCGGGACCCUGAGCAUGCUUUGGCUAUUGAAUCCUGUUUAAAAGGACUACUCCAAGCCUAUUGUUGCCAUAACCAUGCUGAUGAAAGAGUACUUCAGGCACUGAUGAAAAGGUUUUAUCCACCAGGGACUUCACGGCCACAGAUAAUAGUUUCUGAAUUUCGGAAUGAGAUGUAUGAUGUAAGACACAGAGCUGCUCAUCAUCCAGAGUUCCCAACAGUUCUGACAGCUUUAGAAAUAGAUAAUGCAGUUGUUGCCAAUAGCCUAAUCGACAUGAGGGGCAUAGAGACAGUGCUGCUAAUCAAAAAUAAUUCUGUAGCUCGUGCAGUUAUGCAGUUUCAAAAGCCACCCAAAAAUUGUAGAGAAGCUUUUACUGCUGAUGGUGACCAAGUUUUUGCAGGACGUUAUUAUUCAUCUGAAAAUACACGACCUAAGUUCCUAAGCAGAGAUGUGGAUUCUGAAAUAAGUGACUUGGAAAAUGAGGUUGAAAAUAAGAAGGCCCAGAUAGUAAAUCUUCAGCAGCAUCUAUCUGCCCUUGAAAAGGAUACUAAACACAAUGAAGAUCUUCUUAAAAGAUGCCAGCUACAUUAUAAAGAGUUAAAGAUGAAAAUAAGAAAAAGUAUUUCCGAAAUUCGGGAACUUGAGAAUAUAGAAGAACAUCAGUCUGUAGAUAUUGCAACCUUGGAAGACGAAGCUCAAGAAAAUAAAAUAAAAAUGAAAAUGGUUGAGAAAAACAUGGAACAACAAAAAGAAAAUUUGGAACAUCAUAAAAGUCUUAAAGUAGAAGCAGAAAACAAGUAUGAUGCAAUUAAACUAAAAAUUAAUCAGCUGUCAGAGCUAGCAGAUCCACUUAAGGAUGAAUUAAACCUUGCUGAUGCUGAAGUGGAUAAUCAAAAACGAGGGAAGCGGCAUUAUGAAGAAAAACAAAAAGAACACUUGGAUACCUUAAAUAAAAAGAAACGAGAACUGGACAUGAAAGUAAAGGAGCUGGAGGAGAAAAUGUCACAAGCAAGACAGAUCUGCCCAGAGCGAAUAGAAGUAAAAAAGUCUGCAUCAAUUCUAGACAAGGAAAUUAAUCGAUUAAGACAAAAGAUACAGGCAGAACAUGCUAGUCAUGGAGAUCGAGAGGAAAUAAUGAGGCAGUACCAGGAAGCAAGAGAAACAUACCUUGAUCUGGAUAAUAAAGUAAGGACUUUAAAAAGAUUUAUUAAAUUACUAGAAGAAAUAAUGACUCAUAGAUACAAAACAUAUCAACAGUUUAGAAGGUGUUUGACUUUACGAUGCAAAUUGUACUUUGACAACUUACUAUCUCAGCGAGCUUAUUGUGGAAAAAUGAAUUUUGACCAUAAGAAUGAAACUCUUACUAUAUCAGUUCAGCCUGGAGAGGGAAAUAAAGCUGCCUUCAAUGAUAUGCGAGCCUUGUCUGGUGGUGAGCGUUCUUUCUCAACAGUUUGCUUCAUUCUUUCCCUGUGGUCCAUCGCCGAAUCACCUUUCAGAUGCCUGGAUGAGUUUGAUGUUUACAUGGAUAUGGUUAACAGGAGAAUUGCAAUGGAUAUGAUACUUAAGAUGGCAGAUUCCCAGCGUUUUAGACAGUUUAUCUUGCUUACCCCUCAAAGCAUGAGCUCACUUCCUUCAAGUAAACUGAUUAGAAUUCUUCGAAUGUCUGAUCCUGAAAGAGGACAAACUACUUUGCCUUUCCGACCUGUGACUCAAGAAGAUGAUGACAACUGAACUAAAUUUGUAAUUUAAUAUGCCUUGUCCUCAUGUUGAAAGAUUCGUGAGGGGAAAAAAUCUGGACUAUUUGAAUAACAUGAGACUGGAGAUAUUCUAAAAUAAAACAAUCUCCUUUUAUCUGACUAUAAUAAAAUGUUUUAAAAAGCCUAGGAAACCAGCUCUACAACCAGCAAUUGAAAAUUACUUUUACUUUCCUUUGAGAAAAUCAGUUACAUUGUACUGGUUUAAAUUGUUUUAAGUUCUUUUUGUUUGUUUUUGUUUGUUUGUUUAUUUUUAACCAUCUACUUUUGUAGAUUGUUUUUCAGAAGUAAAAUUUUAUACAUAUGCAUAUGUACAUAUCUGUUUAAUUUGAUUUAUUUCUAUAGUAUUUUUUAAAAAUUAAAAUAAAAAUUUGAGUACUUCAUUAUAUUUAGUUUUGCUUUUCCAGAAUAUUACAUUCUACUAUUAAAUUAUCAAAAGUAGGUGAAGGGAGGGAUUUCACAUUGUAGAAGGGGUGCAAGUGUGGGCUAUGGAUACAUACAAUAGACCUUUUUUUUUUUUUUUUUUUUUACAAAAUCUAUUAGUUAUGAGGACCCUACACAGGACUAGAAUUACAAAAUCUCUGCCUACAGGCAAUUUUUAACCCCAGAGGUUCAAUUGUAGAUUUGGGUUGUGGCUUUUUAUUAUUGUAUAUCAUCAAAUGUAAGAUGCUGUCUGUUUAUAAGACAUUUGUGAAGUACUGAAGCACUGCCAACAGACAGAAUGCUUUUUUCCUCAGAUCUUUACCUGUGCCCUAUAUAAUAAGAACUUGUAACCAGUAUAACCAGUAUCAAAUAGGUGAUGAUGCAGUUAUUUAUCCUGACUAGAUCCUGCUGGCUUGGUUUAAAAGCCCUCAGUUUGCAGUCGAGGUGCUCUGAGCUGAGAGGACACAGGACAGAGGGUCUGUGCACACAGGGCUGGGAGAAGAGCUGGGGAAGUGGUGGUUGCUUGUGGAGCAGGAGAGCAGUUAGUAGCUGCAUGAGCCAAAAGCUGCACCUUUGAUGGUGAGGUAUCAUUCAAUUAUAAGAAAUAUCCUAGUUUUUAGAAAUGUUAAAAAGUGUGCCCCUAGGAAUGAUCAAACAUAGUUUAUUGUAAAAAAAAGAAAAAGUGAUUUAUGACUUUUUAGAGAAAACAUGAAUAGAACUGUUGCCCAUAUUUUCUGUUUGAUACUAGUUUUAGUGCAAAACUAUUUAAAAAAAAUAUUGACUAUCAAUAAGCAUUCCUUAUAUUACUAGCAAUAAAUAUUAGAAUAUGUAUUUAUGAAACUGAAAAGGAAAUAUUUUAAGAAAAGCAGUAUUUUAAGAACAAGGACAUUUCUAUAAGAAAAACUAGAUUUUGGUUUUGGUGGUGGAGGAGUCUAAUUUUGAUUUAAAUUGAAAUAAGCUGCCAAUAAAAGUCCAAAAACUUGUUUUCUAAUCUACAACUAUAGAAAGAGGAAAAUGUGCACUGUUCUAAACAUUUGCUGCUGACCACAUAAAAUCUGAUUUUUAAGUUACAUUUAUAACUCAUUUGUAUCAAAACUAUUUUAACGUGUGCUUUUUCAAAUAAACGGAGUAGAAUUUA